UCCUCCACCAUGAGCCUCCCCUCUAGCUCGGUGGCGGGGGCAGAGCUGUACAGCGACAGCGCCUCCCCCGUGUCUCUGGACUCCAGUGUUUUCUUCAGUGAGACAAUGGCGUCCUGUGUCGGAGCCUCACUUGACUUCUUCAUCAUAAACGUUGGAGGAAGUCGCUACGUGCUGUCCCAGGAGCUGCUGGCGUCCUACCCAGAGACCCGGCUGGGGAAACUGGCCUGCUGCAGCCGUGACUCGGCGCUGGAGCUCUGCGAUGAUGCCGACUUCCUGGAGAACGAGUUCUUCUUUGACCGAAACUCACAGACCUUCCAGUAUGUGAUGAACUACUACCGGACGGGCCACCUGCAUGUCAGGGAGGAGCUCUGUGAGAUCUCCUUCCUCCAGGAGAUUGAGUACUGGGGCAUUGAUGAGCUUCGUAUCAACCCGUGCUGCCGCGAGCGUUACUACCGCCGCAAGGAGCAGAAGGAGACCCUCGAUGUAAAGAGAGAGCUUGAGGCUGAUGAUGGCGAUGAGGACUUUGUGGGUGCCGCCUGCCCGGAUUUUCGCCAGCGCCUGUGGGACCUUCUGGAGAAACCUGAAUCAUCACGAGCUGCUCGCACCUUCGGUUCACUGUCGGUCUUCUUUGUGGUGGUGUCGGUUAUCAACAUGGUGCUCAUCUCGCUGGACUUAGGGGAGGACUUUGGUGUGAGUGACGUCGGUAUUGGCGCACCUUUACUGUUUGACAUCCUGGAGUACGUGUGCGUGGUGUGGUUCACGGGUGAGCUGGCGCUUCGGUUUCUCUGUGUGAAGGACAAGUGUCGGUUCAGUCGGAGCAUUCCUAACGUGAUCGACCUGCUGGCCAUCCUGCCCUUCUAUGUGACGCUGGCCGUGGAGAGCCUCCAUGGAGGAACCACCGAGCUGGAGAACAUGGGCCGCGUGGUGCAGGUCCUAAGACUCCUCAGGUCCCUCCGCAUGCUGAAGCUGGGACGACACUCGACAGGCCUGAAGUCUCUGGGUCUGACCAUCGCUCAGUGCUAUGAGGAAGUCGGCCUCCUGCUCCUCUUCCUCGGCGUCGGCAUCUCCAUCUUUGCCGUGGUGGUCUUCGCUCUGGAGCACGACCUUCCUGCCACCACCUUCACCAGCGUACCGGCCGCUUGGUGGUGGGCAACCACCUCCAUGACCACGGUCGGCUACGGGGACAUCCGGCCCGACACGGCCGCGGGGAAGGUGCUGGCCUUCCUCUGCAUCCUGUCUGGGAUCCUCAUCCUGGCGCUCCCCAUCGCCAUCAUCAACGACCGCUUCUCCGCCUGCUACUUCACCAUGAAGAUGAAGGAGGCGGCCACGCGGCACGGUGAGAUGCUUAAGAGGCUGGCCCGCGGCUCGGUGGGGGAGACGGGGGAGGGAGGGAUGGGGGGAGGCGUGAACUUGAGGGACGCCUACGCCAGGAGCGUCCUGGAGAUGCUGAGGCUGCAGGGGCGUGAGAGGGCGAGCACCCGGAGCAGCGGAGGAGAAGAACUGUGGUGGUAG